CUCAUGCAUCCAUAUCCAUAUCCAUAUUCAUAAUCUCUCUCUCUCUACAAGUUACGACUGUUGUCUUCUUGAUCCUCUCUCAUUAAUGGCUUCUAUUAACCGUUUUGCCAUCCUCCUCGCUCUCUUCGCCGUCACCGUUGAUCUCUCCGCCGCCGCGUUGGUGGAGGAGCAGCCUCUGGUGCUCAAAUACCACAACGGCGUUCUUCUGAAGGGUAACGUUACCGUAAAUCUCAUAUGGUACGGCAAGUUCACCCCGAUCCAACGGUCCAUAAUCGUCGAUUUCAUCCGCUCGCUCAACCACCCCGCCGCAGUACCUGCCCCCUCCGUCGCGGCGUGGUGGAAAACGACGGAGAAAUACAAAGGCGGCGCGUCGACUCUACUCGUCGGGAAACAGCUCCUCCUUGAAAACUACCCUCUCGGAAAAUCGCUCAAGAGCCCCCACCUGAGAGCCCUCUCCACCAAGCUUAACGGCGCCGUGAGGUCCAUCACCGUCGUUUUGACGGCGAAGGACGUCGCGGUGGAGGGAUUCUGUAUGAGCCGGUGCGGGACCCACGGUUCCACCGGCACGUCGGCGCGUCGUGCGGCUGGUUCAGCCCACGGCGGCGCGUUCGCGUGGGUUGGAAACUCUGAAACCCAGUGCCCGGGGUACUGCGCGUGGCCGUUCCACCAGCCGAUGUACGGGCCACAGACGCCACCGUUAGUGGCGCCUAACGGCGACGUCGGAGUUGACGGGAUGAUCAUAAACCUCGCGACGCUUCUGGCGAACACCGUCACGAAUCCGUUUAACAACGGUUACUUCCAGGGCCCACCAACGGCGCCAUUAGAGGCCGUCUCGGCGUGCACGGGAAUAUUCGGGUCGGGUGCAUACCCGGGUUAUCCAGGUCAGGUGCUCGUGGAUAAGGCGACCGGGGCGAGCUACAACGCGCACGGGCUCGCCGGGAGGAAAUAUCUCCUGCCGGCGAUGUGGGAUCCGCAGACCUCCACAUGUAAGCCUCUCGUAUGAUGUGCCAUCGGGAGAUGGACACGUGUCAAGAAUCUACGGAGUUACGGCGCGGCGCGCGUGGCCUUCCGUGUAGAUAUAUCUGGGCUUUGACGGGUCGGGUCCUGGUGGGGUUUCGGGUUUGUUUUGUCGCAGUGUAUGACGUGUAAAUUCCUUAGUCGGAAAUUGUGAAAUAAAAUGCAUAUAUAUGUAAUAAAAAUGAAUUUAAUAUUGCAGGCCAUGGAUUAGCUCCGAAA